AACACUAAUUCCUUACUUGAAUUAUUUCUUUUUUUCUCACAAUCCCCAAUUCCCCAUAACAAUUUCCUAUGCAGCUUUUCUGAAACAUUCAUCUCAUUUUCUCAUUAUCGACCUUCCUCAAAAUUUAAUUUUGAAGGUCCUUAAUUCUUUUUAAUUCAUUCAUCUUCCUCCCAACAACUAGUUUUAGGAGUUCUUCCAUUACUGACCAAAAUUCAUCCAAGAAAAAUUUAAAUUUAUAAUUUUACCAUUGAAUCUCAAAUAAAAGAUCUUUUUUCUAUUUAUUUAUCAUUCAAGAUCUCUAAUUCCAAUUACAUUUAGAAAAAAAAUUGUGAAACAAUACUCUUACCAAAAUUCUUACUCAUCAAAAAAAAAAAAAAAAAGUAAAGACCAAAUGGCAUGCUGAAUGCCCAUUCACGACUUCCAAGUUCUCUAAUUUCGGGUACCAAGUUUGUUGUUUUUUCUUGUUACAAUUUUCUUUUAAAAUUUUUAGUUUGAUAUUCAAUUUAGUAAAAUUUAUUUUCAUUAAAUAAAAAUUAAAAAAGAGAUUUCAAUCAAGUAAAAGAGCAAAAAAAUUGGGUGGAAUGUAAAAAAAGCAUAUGUUGGUGUAAAAUCUGAGUAUCUGACAUUGUUCACUUGGUAUAAUUUUUUCCAAAUACUAAUUUAAAUUUCUUUGCAAAGUCUAAUACUCCCUCCUAUUCACUUUAGAAGUCUCAUUUGAUUUUUUUAUAGAUUUUAAGGAGAGUCAAUCAAAAGUAGGACGCUAAGGGUAGAAAAGAGAGUGGUAUUACGAGUUUUAAUGUAAGGGAGAAAAAUUAGUAUGGGUAAUGGAAGGUAUAAUUGAAAAUAGGAUAAAGUUACUAAGAACAUAAAAGUAAAAAAACUCGUACCAAAAAUAUAAAUGGAAUAAUUAAAGUGAUUUGACCAUAAAAAAAAUAAGACACGGAAAUAUUUUAUUUUAAAUUCUUUUGGAAAUUGAUUUAAUUGUAUAGCGAUACUCGUUGUAGCUUAAAGCCUUAAACAAGACACAAUUGUACGGUAUUGUUACGUUUAAUAAUAGAAUCAAAUGAAUAAAUUAAGCAUGCCUUGUUGGUUCUUUGAUACUCAGUAAUCAACGUGAUUUGACUCUACCCUCCCCUUCUUAAAUGAUUCCAACCCCACCAUUUUUUCUAUCACUCGCUCCUUCUUCAUUACGCCACUGCCAUUAUAAGCAUCAUGUUGUGAGCUUAGUUAGCAUCAAUGGCGGAAGUUACAAGUCCUCCUGUUGAUCUUAAACCAAUAACUAAUACUAGAGAUUUAAGUCCUAACUCUGUUAUCCUAACAUUUGAGUCUAAUUUUACUAGUCUUUUCUCCUCUGCUUCUGCUAGUGUCGAUCGUUGUUCCUUUGCUUCUGAUACUCAAGAUCAUGAUUUCCUAACUUCUCAACUUUAUCAGCAUUUCCCAGAUCUAAAUGUUGUAGAUUUAAACAAAUCUGCAUUACAACAAGUAUGCAGAAACAAUAACACCAGGUUUGGCAGCAAAAAUGUUGAAAAAGCUAAAGUUUAUCAGGAAGAAAACAAAAAAUUAAUUCACAAUCAUCUUGAUCUUGAAAUCGACACUUUAGAUUCUGCCAGAUAUUCCUUUUCGCAAGCUCUUAAAGAAUGUCAGGAAAGAAAAUCUAGAUCUGAAGCUCUUAAUAAAAAAUCAGACCGACGAAGACCGGUUUCAUUAGAUCUUAAUAGUUCAUCUGGUGAUGCAAUCAAUGUUGUGAGUUCAUCACCCAAGUUGGGUGGAGUGAUGAAUAAUGUUACAGCUCGAAAAUCUGGGAAUUUUCCGAGUCCUGGAACACCCAAUUAUCACCAUGGGAAUGUAGUGAUUCCGAAAGGAUGGAGCUCAGAGAGAGUUCCAUUGCCUUCUAAUGGUUAUAAUAGAAGGCAAAGUGGUGUGUCAUUGUUGCCUUUGAGUAACAACGGAAAGGGUUUGCCUUCCAAAUGGGAGGAUGCAGAGAGGUGGAUAUGUAGUCCGGUGUCACUAUCAUCAACAUCAUCGUCGUAUCAACAGCCAUUGAGGCGGCCUAAAUCGAAAAGUGGUCCUCUUGGGCCACCUGGGAUAGCCUAUCAUUCGCUGUAUUCGCCUGCAGCACCAAUGUAUGAAGGAGAAAAGUUGAGGAAUCAUAUGGCUGAAUCACCUAUUACAGCUGGAGGAAUGAUGGCAGAUGCUUGGUCUUUUCGUGUGAGUGCUGAAAGUAGAGGUUUUGACAAUGUUUUGGAGCCGUCUAUUGCUCGUUCUGUGAGUGUUCAUGGUUGUACUGAUCUUAUCUGUCAUGAUGCAUCUCUGAUCAGCUCUCAAGAUGAAAGGGUUGAUGCUACGAAGGAUGCUGCCACUAAUGUUUCUCGUGCUGUUUCUAGGAGAGACAUGGCAACUCAGAUGAGUCCUGAAGGUAGCUGCCAUUCCUCUCCUAGAAGAUCGUCUUUCUCCUCAUUCACUCCUUCCAUCUUACCUAUUGUGGAGGUGCAAAGUAUUGGUCCCUCGAAACCAGAAGUGAGGGAUGUGCAGAUUGACGAACGAGUCACUGUGACACAAUGGUCGAAAAAAUAUAGGGGGCAGAACCCAAGUAAAGAGCCCAAGGACGUAGAUGAGUGGAAAUCGAAAGCAGUAGACCCUCGUUCUUCUGCUUUGGAAGCGUCUGAGACAGUAAAGAGUCUGUCGAAGGCCAGAAGAGAUGAAGCCAAAAUCACAGCAUGGGAAAAUCUGCAGAAAGCAAAAGCUGAGGCUGCCAUACGGAAACUUGAGAUGAAGCUGGAAAAAAAGAGAUCAUUGACAAUGGAUAAGAUUAUGAAGAAGUUAAGAUCUGCUCAGAAGAAUGCCCAGGAAAUGAGAAGCACAAUACUAACUAACCAGACUCAUCAGGUAUCUAAAGAGAAUGAUAAGGCAAUGUUUUUCAGAACUCGUCGUAUGGGUUUACUCAGCGGCUGUUUUAGAUGCCAUGCGUUCUGAACAGAAGGCUUGCAACAUUCUUUGAGUUGGGAGCGUAAGCACAAUGGCUUAUUACAACUGCGACGUAGGAUCUACCUGCAUAAAUCACACGAAGGAAAUAUGUUUGGUUUGCUUACAUCUUUCAUCUUUUUUAUGGUUGGGGAGGAAAAAUGUGUAGCAAGGAAUAGGAUCUAGAUUUAUUUGUAUUUAAAUUAUGAAGAAAUGAGUGAUAUAUAAUGUAAUUUUGUUCCUUGUUUUCAUUUUCCCUUGUUUCUUGUGGGAAUAUGGAUGUAUGUAAAUAAAUGUAUUUUUGAGAAAUAAUGUUCCUUGUUUUCCAUUUGGUAUAGCGACGUCUUUUAUCGCAACAUAUCAUCAAUUGCAAUUUCAAAAAGACAAAUAGUGAUAAUGUAACACCAAAGGAGACAAAAAAGUGAGUAGUCCAAUAAAACAUUGCAAAUCCAUUGAGUUUGUGCCAUAAAUUUGAUCUGAGAACAGUGUACUUGCAGAACAGACAGCUAGGAGUACCUAGCAUUGGAACCAGAGGAGAGGACAUUCACUGGGACAACUUUGUGUUGUGGUCUAUGAGUGAAUAAAAUAAAACAUAACUCUAUAGCUUUAGAGCUCGUCUCUUGAAAGAUUAAUGUCUAUUUGUUGUAUUCUUAAUGUCUAUUUACAUUAUUCUUAAUGCUACUUACGUA